CUCUACACUUACAUUCUACAACCUGUGGUCAUUUGCAAGCAUGGAAAUCUUUCUACGGCAGUCCAUAGUGACUGGAAGUCUUCAUGUCAGAUAUAAAACAGUCUCUGGCGUCACCUGAAAGUUGAGUACUUGAUUGUUCAGUUCUUCAGUGAGCAGUCUAUUCACAGCGCCUUCAGGGCAUCAGCGCGCGGCAAAUAAGAUGCAGCCUCUGCUUCCAGCUUCUAUUCUGCUGCUCACCACCACCGCAGCGGCUUACUUGGUCCCAAACCCACCUGGCAAAUACAAUGUUACCCUGCACAUCGGCACCCUCGCCGACUACACUCGCGAUGACUCUAACACUACAGACCAAGCGCCUCGGACAUUGAUGCUAUCAGUUUUUCAACCUGCAACAUGCACAUCCACUGCGCCCACCGAGUACAUGCCCGAAAAGACCGCCGAGUAUCAAGGGCCAUAUCUUCAAGGAUUAUUCAACUUCUCCACCGACCUUUCACCCUUUUUCCUACAGGCUCGCCUGCCAGUAUGUCCGGAUCUCUCGAACAACUGCUCACCCCUAAAUGAUCCCCCUAUCCUGCUCUUCUCCCCUGGUUGGGCCAUCCCUCGUCUCUACUAUAGUGUCAUAGCCUCUGCCAUCGCUAGCGAAGGGUUCAUGGUCAUCACCAUUGAUCAUCCAGACGACGCGAAUAUCAUCACCUAUCCCGACGGCCACUCGAUCUACCAUCAGGGCCCUAGCAACCCUACCCCGGAAGAUUUCAAUGACUAUACUUGGCCCCGUGCUGCCGAUGCAUCCUUCAUCAUCGAUCAACUGAGCAACGCAACCGCCAUGGCCUCGCUAUUCCCCCGACGCGGUGCCAGACCCUUCCCAACCGACCGCGUCGCUAUGCUUGGACACUCCCUAGGCGGCGUGGCCUCCGUCGUGGCCGCCGGCCGGGACCCUCGCAUCCGCGCCGCAAUCGACUGGGACGGCACCAUCUUCGCGCCGCUACCCGCCUCGGGAAUCUCGCAACCAGUCAUGUACGUCUCCGAGGCUAACGUCACAGACCCCACCUGGGUCGCUGCGUGGACGAAACUCAACGGCCCGAAGCUAUGGCUUGAGGUCGCGGACACAAAGCAUAUGAGUUUCUCGGAUGCGCUCAUGCUUCUCGACGCGGCGGGGCAGGCGCCUGCGGACCUCAUGGAACAGCUAGGCUCGAUCGAGGCUGCCGAACUGUUGCGCAUAUUGGCGGUCUAUACGACCGAGUGGAUGAAUGCAGCGUUUGCGGGGAAAAUUGGAGGACCGUUGCUGGAAGGGCUGGAGCCGGGGAGGUUUCCGGGCGUGGAGAUCAAGAGGAAAGAUAACUACUAGAAAUGCAUGGUCAAUUUCCAGUGCUCGCUGCGCAUUCUUCACGAUCCAAAUGUUAGUACCUUUGCAUCACAGCAGACUCUAGUAAACGCAUUGCUUAGUAUCGGAGACGGUUGACCGUUCAUGUCACUGACCAUAUCAUCCACCAUAUCGAUUAUUGUGCAUUGUAGUUCC